AUGUGCUUCUCCUCCACCCAAUCUCUCUUUUCGUACGCACGCAACAAACACACCUCCUCGUUACCAUCUUCAUCAUCAUCUUCACCCGCCAUCCUCGACGUCGUCGUCACAACCAUGGCGAGCCCGGUCCCUAGCACUGCGGCUCACACAGAGGCAAUGGCCGACAUGUCACGCACACGGGCUGAGCUGGAAGUGGCUGCCCCUCCGGCAAGUGAUCGUGAGGUUGAGAAAACCAUCAUUUCGCUCCUCAGAUUCAAAGCCACCCUCGACUCGCUCAAUUUCCCAGUGACAAGGGACUUUACCGCCACUCUCCUCCCCGAACAUUUCCAGCCUUUGUGUCAACACCUCGACCAUGACCUCCAGCCAAGCGACGCGCUUGACAAGAUUCGUCUCUCCUACGACGCGACAACCCAUCUUCUCACCGUUAGCAUGGGUGGCCCUGGCGUGGUGCACGACGCAACCAAUCGAGGUAUCGCGGAUCUCAUCAAGCAGGAACUGGGCCUCGUCAGGAACCUAGGUGGCACCACGGGCCGUUUCGCAAGCCAAAUCUACGACAUCGGCUCGGCACUGAUUGAAGUCGAGAACUUGUUGUUUCGGCAUCCUGACACCCAGUUCAGGUACAUUCCUGCGAAGUACCCGGGUGUCGUCCUCGAGAUUUCAUAUUCUCAGGCUUGGAAGGGCGUUGAGGAGAGAGCGCGCAAGUUCAUCCUCGACUCACGCGGUCAGAUCGCCGUCAUACUCAACAUCGAUUUCCCCGACCAAUCCGACACCAACAAGCCCGACAGUAACAAGGCAACACUUUCCAUUUGGCGGGCACAUUUCUCGCACGAGACGGGUGAAAAUGGUGAUUUCCUAGGCGUCCAGACCCAAGUGAACCAAGAGGAAUUCCGAUCCUCUACUGGCCAUGCCAUAAACAGCGACAAGGCCUUUUCGCUCUCUUUACACGACUUUGCCCCGAGGCACUUCUGCGACGGUGUCGAGGAUGUCUCCCUUUCCUUUUCGUACAAGCAGCUCGCCGCUGUCCUCGACAUAGCCGAGAAGUUCGAGAUGAGUACAAAACAACACGAGUCGUCAGAACAAAACACAAGCAACCAGCUCGAGCGCAGCCAGCCUCCGCCGAUCGGCAGGCCCAAUGCUCGGGAGGUGGCCCGUAUGCGCCAGGAAAAGCUCGAUGCUCGUGACAAGGACUAUGAGCCUGAGGAGGAUGUUUAG